GGUGUCAAUGAUCUGUCGCAUUACUCCAAGCCCUGACUGGUUUAUAGGCGUUGACAGUUUCGACCUAUGCCGUGCAAACAAGUGGGUGGACUCAGUCACCCUUGACCUACAGCCAACCGAUGGCGGCACUGACAACGGCUACACAUUUACUUCUCCAAAAUGGGCCACUGACCCAAGGUCAAACAUUACUCCUAUCCGUUCCCGUUACCCUGACCAUCCCGCUAGCUCCUUCUUCUAUCCGGAGCUGGAAAAGCUGCCUCGGAUUGCUUGGGUUAGUUUCCUGAAGCUGAAAGAAUUCUUUCUUUCUAAACAGUUCACUAAAAAUAUAAAAACCGAAAGUAGGAUCGAAGAUGAGAGUAUUUCCACGAGUACUCGAUCAACUAUUAAGAGCAGUUCCAUUAAUGAGCUAAAGAAAUACUCUUUGAAGCAAAAUCCGAAGUUGAAAAAAGAUAUAAGGAAAGGUCUAUAUCCAGAGCUUGGUGCCUUUCGUUCUAAAGGUGAAACAACAACAAAAGGGAAAGUCCGAAGGACUCCAAAACAUCUGAAGAAUCGUCCGAGAUCGUGUCGAGUGAGCGAAUGGUCAGAUUGGAGCACUUGCAGUAAAAGCUGUGAAAUUGGCGAGAAAACAAGGAAGAGGAAAGUAAUUCACUUUGCGUCAAGAAGUGGGCGUCCUUGUCCGCCCCUUGAAGAAACUACGUGGUGUCGAGUGUCUGAAAACUGUCCAAAUGAAACAGCAUUUUUUUCAUGGCGGUGAAUAAAAGAUGCUUUUCUAAAA